GCCAAUGUUUGAAUACCAUCCACCAUUUGGAACGAUUUUGGCAAUUUUCAAAAAAAUAAAAUCCGUUAAAAAUUUUGUUAAAAUCUUGAAAAUACCGAUUGUAGCCCUUAUAUUAGGCUCUAAACGACGACGUGGACCUGCAUAGGCAACUUUUGUCAUAAGCCAUUACAAUUUUCAAAUGCGGAACAAAAAAAAUGCUGAAUAAUGUUGUUAUAAUCAUCAAAAAUAUCGAAUAUCGGGAGGUGCCGUUAUAUGGGUUCAAUACGUAGACGUGGACCUGCACAGACAAUUUUCUGUCUUAGGCUGUAGUAUCCAUUACGAACUUCAAAUACCAAAUUUGAAACAAUUCCGGUGAAUAAUGUCGCUAAAAUCAUCAAAAAACGAAAAUAGGGAGAUACCAUAAUAUGGGGACUAUUACUGAUUUAUUUAUGCUGAUCAAAAAUAUAUAUACUUUGUGGGGUCUAAAAUGUAUAUUUCGAGGUGUUACAAACGGAAUGACAAACUUAAUAUACUUGGAUAAGCUUUCAAAUAUUUUUCCGAAAUUAUUUCUCUGAACCAAAAAUUACAACAGUUGUUGUGAGCGAGAUCAGAUAUUUAAAGCCAUAAACGCCAAAGACAGGCUUUAUAGUCAGUUAUAAAAUGUCGGAUUUCUCCUUUUGGGAUUUUUAUGGGAAAUCAAUGGCUUAUUUCUCUUUAACAGUGCAUUCUACGCCAAUGGUAACUCCAAUUGAACAAUUGCCCCUACGAUAUAUUUAUCCGGCAUCUAGCAAUCUGCAACAAAGCACUCCCUCUUAUCAUCCACUGAUAAGAUGCCGAAUAAUACAAAAUCCAAACAAACAAGUUGUUAUUUAUACAAACAAGACGCCGCUCAUCGGGCAGAGCGUUUGACUGGAGUAAAAGUGCAACUUUUCAGUUGUUUGCAAAAAGUGAAACAGAUAACAUAGCAAAGCGGAAUAUUUUGCAAGCGUUUUGUUUUGAGCAAAGCGUAAAAUCAAAUCAUAAACAGCACAAUAAAGUGGAACUUAUUUAGCAGUUAUUAUGGCCCCUGCAACAGCCAUUAAUCCCGACCUAGUACAAGAACGUAAAAAUGCCACAAUAAAUAGUGAAGAAUUUGCCAUUUGGUGGGCCGGAGGCAGCAAUGAACUCUAUAAGAAGCGAGAAAUGGCUAAACUAUUUUAUGAAGAUCCACAAUUUGUGGAUCACCAACACAUUGCCAAUAUGUCGCAUAAGGAGCUUUAUGAGUAUACAACAGAAAAAGCUGUACGCUUUCUGCUCAAGCUGAGAGAGUACUUGAAAAAACAACAGCCAGAGGCGGCUCCCCUAACACCCAUUGAGGAAAUGUAUGAAUUGCGUGCCCUAAUGGGUGGUCCAUUGGGUUCUGGUCUGUUCCCAGCCAACUUUCCUCUACGCCUGCACUAUUCCAUGUUUCUGCCAACCCUUCUAAGGCAAGCCAGCGAUGAACAGUGUAAACUGUGGUUAGAAAAGGCAUGGAAUUUUGAUGGCAUUAUUGGUACCUAUGCCCAGACUGAACUUGGCCAUGGCACCUAUUUGAGGGGUCUUGAGACUAGAGCCGAUUAUGAUAUAGAAAAGCAAGAAUUUAUUCUCAACUCACCGACACUCACCUCAUACAAAUGGUGGCCGGGGGGUUUGGGUUUAACAGUGAAUAUGGUGGUGCUAAUGGCUCAGUUGUAUAUCAAGGGACGUUCAUAUGGUUUCCAACCAUUUUUGGUACGUAUACGAAAUGAAAAGACGCAUGAACCUGAACCAGGAGUGGAUGUAGGUGAUAUUGGUCCCCGCAUUGGUUUGAAUGGUGUCAAUAACGGUUAUUUGGGUUUGAAAAAUGUCCGCAUACCGUUAAAUCAAAUGUUAUCGCGCAACAAUCAAGUUUUACCAGAUGGUACAUUUGUUAAGGGUCCCGAACCACUGUUGCUGUACGGAACUAUGGUUUAUGUGCGUGUUAUGAUUGUACGUGAUGUUUCUGUGAAUCUUUUGCAGGCCGCUACGAUUGCAACGAGAUACUCUGCAGUGCGUCGUCAAGGUGUCGAAGCUGGCGGCCAGCAGGAAACACAAAUUAUUGUUGUUGUAAGAUCGGCUGGGCCAAUGUUUGAAUACCAUCCACCAUUUGGAACGAUUUUGGCAAUUUUCAAAAAAAUAAAAUCCGUUAAAAAUUUUGUUAAAAUCUUGAAAAUACCGAUUGUAGCCCUUAUAUUAGGCUCUAAACGACGACGUGGACCUGCAUAGGCAACUUUUGUCAUAAGCCAUUACAAUUUUCAAAUGCGGAACAAAAAAAAUGCUGAAUAAUGUUGUUAUAAUCAUCAAAAAUAUCGAAUAUCGGGAGGUGCCGUUAUAUGGGUUCAAUACGUAGACGUGGACCUGCACAGACAAUUUUCUGUCUUAGGCUGUAGUAUCCAUUACGAACUUCAAAUACCAAAUUUGAAACAAUUCCGGUGAAUAAUGUCGCUAAAAUCAUCAAAAAACGAAAAUAGGGAGAUACCAUAAUAUGGGGACUAUUACUGAUUUAUUUAUGCUGAUCAAAAAUAUAUAUACUUUGUGGGGUCUAAA